ACCAGUCAAAACUCCCGUAAACAUAACCUUACAGUUUCGUGUCCAUGUGUUGUUGUGACUCGGAGAAGUAUUUGCAAGGACGAGCCAGUUUCUAAAUCUUUAGCUGUACCAAAUACACUCGGUGAUACCACUUGCAUGAGUAUCGGUCAACAUGUCAUUCUUUGUUGACGUCAAAGGUCAAAUUGAUCCUAGUAACAUUAGAUCUAGUGAUGAUGAGAGUGACGAUGAUUUCACAUUUAUUCCUAUGCCACAGAAAUAUAAGCCAGCCACUGUCACUUCAAGGUCCUCAAAGGAUAAAGAAUAUGACUUAGAUGACACAUACUUAGACUUUGGAGAAUUGCCAUCUAAAACGUUACAAUCUCAGCCAUCCAAAAAUUUACAAUUGCGCAGUGAUUCGCCCAAAGUAUCUACUUGUCAAGAAUUACAAUCUUGUGAAAUGGUCAGGCGUCUUGCUGAUCCAGAUAAAGCAUUGGAAAAAAGUGUCCUGCAGCCAGGUCUCGAAAAACUACAUUCACUUCCAUCAUAUGAUGAAGGACGCCGUCUAAUUGCAAGAAAGCGAAAGGAGGAAAGAGCAAAAUCAACUGGCAAAAACUGGUAUAACAUGAAAGCUCCUGAACUUACAGAAGAAAUGAAAAAUGAUCUAGAAAUCCUCAAAAUGCGUUCCUCUCUGGAUCCUAAACAUUUCUACAAGAAAAAUGACUUCAAGACACUCCCUAAAUAUUUCCAGGUUGGGCGUAUUGUUGAGUCUGCUGCUGACUUCUAUCACAGCCGCAUUCCAAAGAAGGAUCGCAAGAAGACUCUUGUUGAUGAACUCCUGGCUGAUGCUGAAUUCCAGAAGUCCACCAAGAAGCGCUAUGCAGAGAUAAUAGCAGACCAGAAGAAGACGCACUACAAAGCACACAGACAAGCAAAGCGACUGAAAAAGAAACAUUAAAUUAACAUUUAAUUAAAAAUUUUGCCUAAACAAUAUUUUUCGCUUUAUCAAAUUUAUAAUAGUGUAAGAAUAAAUAAAAAAAACAUCCUUCUAUAA